AUGGUUCCCUUAUCCACUCUCGCUCCCACAACACCAAAUUCUAAAAUAGCAUCCAAAACUCCACCUUUCACCGUUCUACGUACCUCUCAUUCAAAACAUGGCUGAAGCUGUCAUGGGCUUUACCAUUAUCAGACCCCAUGUUCAUUGCUCUGUCCAAACAACCAGAUUGGAAACAAUUCCAUGUUCGAGACUGCUUAGACAGUGUUCAAGCUCUGGACUUUUCAAUGGGUGGCAGCAGUUUGAAGGCCGGAAGAGCAGAAGAUCCUCUUUAUGUAAAGCAAAUGCUCUCCCUGAUUGGCCUCUGAUGGCAGUUCUAGUUCAGCAUAUGGAAGGCCAAAGAGAUUUAGUAACCAUUAAAUCUGUUGUGCAUCUCAGCGAUCAAGCCAUUAAGAACGUCUAUGCUUUCUACAUGAUUUUCACUUGUUGGGGAUGCUUCUUCUUUGGUUCCAUGAAGGAUGCUUUCUAUGAUUCAGAACAAUACAGGAAAGAUGGAGGAGAUGGUACUGGAAAUUGGCUAUAUGAGAAGCAAGAGGACAUUGAAGAAACUGCAAGAGCUGAGUUGUGGCGUGAGGAGCUGAUAGAGGAGAUUGAACAGAAGGUUGGAGGGCUGCGAGAGUUGGAAGAAGCUGUUAAGAAAUGAUGGGGCUUGUAAAAGUAAUUUUGUGUGUUUAUCAAUUUACUUCAAUUCACUGAACCAUGCUGCAGGCAUUAUUGUAUAUACUUUUCAGCCUCUACGAUGCUUUUAUAUGUCAUUGAUAAAGAGCAUGCACCGCAUGGAUUAGCUAAAGGGUAAUAAACCAUCUUGAAGUGGUAGAUUUCUUUAUCAA